AGCAACAGCAGCAGCAGCAACUUGAUGUCGACAGCAGCUCCAGCAGCUACUGCUCCAGCCGGUGCCCCAGCGAAUAAUUUGGCCAAUAGUACAGAGAAAAGCACUGCCACAGCCCCGGCCACCACAAGCAACAACCCUGGCUCACUGGAGGACUUGCAUCGAAAAUGCCGCGAAAUAUUCCCAAUGUGUUUUGAUGGGGCUCGAGUGAUGCUCACCAAACCAUUCUCCUCACAUUUUCAUGUUACACAUACGCUGAGCAUAUCACCACAGAAUACGGGAUAUCGUUUUGGUGCUACUUAUGUUGGGACAAAGACAACCCAGGUGGAAGGCGAAACUUUCCCGGUGUUACUGGCAGACACCGACAUAUCCGGGAACACCUCAGCAACAUUUCUUCAUCAAUUUGCCGAUCGCUGGAGGCUGAAAGAGGAGAAGGAAGGAAGCAGAUAUGGUGUGAAUGAGUAG